AACAAGUGAUUCAUGUAAAGUCCAGCCAUCGAAAGUUAGACCAGUUUUGAUGAAACUACCGUGGAGCGAACUCGUCUGACAUCGAACACCUGGAUUAAUAUAUUUUAACAUCUUAUUAGAAAACAGAAACAUCGUCUGAUUUGAGAUCAGAGCUGUUCUGCGCCUGCGUAAAAAGUGCGCAAUUGUUGUGAUUGGGGAGUUCACCUCUCGCCGCAUCAUGAUCUCUGAAGACUGCGGGCUUGGAAUGAUUUAUUCUACUGGAUUCAGAUAAAAAACAUCGAGGUCAACAGCGUCUUUUCUUUCGAUUACACGGGGUGUCAGGUGUGGGAGAAGCACAAACUUGACUGUAGUAAUGAGAAGUAGGAAGAGAAGGUAGCGGAGCCAUGGAGAGGCAGACAGGACCUGUAUCAGGUGUGGAAAAGCCACCUUUAGCCCCGAAACCAAAGUUUGUACCACUACAAAAUACUCUUCCCAACACGCUUGACCUAGACUGUUCUCAGCCGCCAAUACACACUGUGAAAGCUUUACAUGUGUCACAGCCAUGUCACUCUAAAGCCCUUAAACCUGAAUGGAAACCUGUGGCUGUUUUCACCAGUAAGUCACUUUUCAAGGAACAAUUGGACAGCACUCAGGAUUUACUUCCAUCCCAGAUUAAGCAUAAAUCUGAGAUUAAUUCAGGUCAAGCAUCAACCACCAUUCCUCAUAAUGUUCAGGAGAUUUCAGAUGACCAGCUGAGACCAAUGCGACUACCACAUGGCCAGAGCUACGGGACUGUGAAAAGCCAUCAGAAUCUUACAAACGGUUCAGAUUGUUCUGAAAGAAAUGCAUCCGGCAUAACAUAUGCUGCCCCUUUUUCUUCACCAACUGGAUUGCAACCCAAAUCAGACCUUAAGCCAGUACUAUUAAACAACACACAGCAUAGACACUCUACCGAUUAUCAAAAUGGUUCUUCGUCUUCUGGUCAGCUUUCUGUUCAAAAGGCCCCACCAAUCCCCGUGCAGAGUAAACCAAAAAGCAGCCAUGCUGGACAACCAGAGAAGCCUCACAUCACCUCACAGGAGUCAGGAGGAAUUGUUAAGCAAAAAUAUAAAGCUUUAACAGUGAAUGAGAAAACACUAGCUCGAGUUUACAAGGAUGGAAGAACUCCCAGAAAACAGUCAAGUGAGAGGAAAUCCAGAAGUAGAAUUGACCAACAUGACAAUUUGGACCUGCCAGGGCAACAUCCACACUGGAAUAGCUUUUCACCAGAACAAAAAACAGGCCAGGACGUGCCUAAUAACACCACACCAGAAAGCACACCGAGGAGAAAACAUGGUUUGAGACCUAAAGUAAAAUCUUUGAACCAGGCAGACCUGAAUAUGUCAGAUGGCCAGAGGAAGUCAUCCUUCAAGAAGUUGGAAUUCUCAGUGAAGAAGUUUUUUUCCAAGGGAGGACAAGAGACAACCGCAGGCAAAGAUGAGCAGUCACUGGACGAAGGUUGGCAGGUUACCAAGAACCAAAACAAAAACCAAAUUCAAAUACCGCAAUACAGAACACACCAGGUCAACAUCCAGUAUGAUGAUUUAACUGUUGAGCGUAGUGUGGAUGGAGAAAAUGAGCAUCUACAUAAAGAUAGACCGGAAAACAUAAAUGCUGGUACUCCAAAAACCCCAGGAAUACAGACACAAAGAAACAUAUUCAAUCAUGAAGAAAGAACGAAUGGGAAAACACAAGUUGUUGGAGAAUUCAACACCAGAGUGAGGCAGGACUAUAAUGAGAGCUAUGUUGACGCAGACGAUGCACAAUCGGACAGAGAAUUCGAAAGCAGCUCAGACGAAGAAGACGAUGAAGAAGCAGAAACCAGUCCGAACAAAUGGAAGAAUGAGUACUCCAAGAAGAAGAAGUUAUCUCACAUCGUUAAAGAGAUCGUGAGUUCGGAGAAAGUGUUUGUGGAUGUGUUGAAGCUUCUCCAUAUUAAUUUUCGGGACGCAGUGACGAAGGCCUCCUCUCAAGCUGGGAAGCCUGUGAUUGAUGAGAAGAACCUCAAUCAGAUCCUGUUUUCACUGCCACAGUUCUAUGAGCUCAAUCAGGGUUUAUUAAGGGAGCUGGAGGAGCGCAUGGCACACUGGAAUGAGCAGUCCGGCAUAGCAGAUAUCUUUUUAAAGAAAGGGCCAUACCUGAAAAUGUACUCCAGCUACAUCUGCGCGUUCGACAAGAAUGUGGCUCUACUGGAGGAGCUGUGCAGGAAGAGCCCGGCUUUUGCGAAGGUCGUUCAGGAAUUUGAGAGCAGUCCGUGCUGUGCCAAUCUCGCCCUGAAACACUACAUGCUGAAGCCUAUUCAGAGACUUCCCCAGUAUCAGCUCCUUCUCACAGAAUAUUUUGAGAAUCUUGAUGAAGACUCUCCAGAUUACAAAGAUGCACAAGAUGCACUCAGUAUAGUAAAGGAAGUGGCGAAUCAUGCCAAUGAAACCAUGAAACGAGGGGAUAACUUCCAGAAACUGAUGCAAGUUCAGUGCAGUCUGAUUGGAAACCAUGAGAUCGUGAAGCCGGGCAGGGUAUUAUUGAAAGAGGGCAGCUUGCUGAAACUGUCUAGAAAAGUUAUGCAGCCUCGAAUGUUCUUCUUAUUCAAUGACGCCCUGUUGUACGCUACAACCCUCCAGUCAGGCCAGUACAAGCUGAACAAUGAGCUGUCUUUGUCUGGAAUGAAGGUCAGUAAGCCAAGUCAUGAAGGAUAUCAGAAUGAGCUGAACAUCGAAAGUGUUGAACGCUCUUUUAUUCUGUCUGCCAGUUCCCCUGCAAGUCGAGACGAGUGGCUCGAGGCAAUCUCCAAUGCCAUUGAAGAUUACACCAAGAAAAUGACUACAUUCCACCCCUCAAGCAAAGGUCUUGACGAGGUGGAGAGAGAUGGUUGGGACAGCACUGUCCAGCUUGGAACCAAGGCCCCUAUAUGGAUCCCGGACCUGAGGGCCACCAUGUGUAUGAUCUGCACCUGCGAGUUCACUCUGACCUGGAGGAGGCAUCACUGCAGAGCCUGCGGAAGGGUGGUAUGUCAAGCCUGCUCGGUUAAUAAGCAUCCUCUGGAGUAUCUGAAGAAUCGACCUGCACGUGUUUGUGAUCAGUGCUUCGAGAUUCUAGAGCAUAACAGCUCAGAAGGCAACCAGGCAUCAGGUAGUGGUGUUCUUUCUCCGACUUCCAAACCCUUUCACUUUAGAAAGCAGAAGAAGAUCCCAGCAGCUCUAAAAGAGGUUUCAGCAAACACAGAUGGUUCAUCUAUGAGCGGUUAUUUGUACAGAAUGAAGGCCAGUAAGAGACAAUGGAAGAGGUUCUGGUUUGUCAUCAAGGAUAAAGUGCUGUACACGUACGCUGCCAGUGAGGACGUAGCAGCUUUAGAAAGCCUGCCGCUCCUCGGCUUCGCUCUAACAGACGACGAUCCAGAAUGUGCUCAGCAGUUUCAGCUUUACCACAAAAACAAGAUCUUCUACAUCUUUAAGACUGAUGAUCUCAGUAGCCGCAGCAGGUGGGUGAAAGCUUUCCGUGAAGCUGUGGUUCUUUAAUCUGGGCAUCUACUACUGCUAACCCUAAGACAGAUCCCUCUCAGUGCUCCUGUUGCAAAUCACACUGUGUAUAUAAAUCUGUUGAGAAUGUGUUUUAUUGCUACAAAUCCAUUUUGUCUUACUCUUGUGUUUUUGUAUUCUAUUUUAUUCUGUCAUGCAUUGCCAUAAUGUUUUAGGCCAUAAUAUCAGAAGGAAUGUUUGGUUUAACUGUGACUAUUUUUCAAAGCAGACUUCUUUACAUUGAUGUUUAAGCCUAUCGUCAUAUUUAAAUAUAAAGGAUUUAUUAUAUAUAAAAUAUAUAUUUAUAUUUUAUUUGCUUGGAUUUAUAACUCUUAGCCACUUAGUGGUCUAUGUAUUGUCUGUGCCAUAGGUUAAGAAAAAUAUCUAUUCAUAUGCAGUCAUAAUUUCAUGUCCUGUGUGGUAAAUAAAUGUAUAUUUUCAUAGAACUGGUCAGAUGUUCUCUGCGUAUUUUUGACAUCAAAUAAGCCUAGUUUUCAUUGGCAGUGUAGCCACCGGAUCUCCACCCAGUCCAGGUCCCUGUGACAGCAGGGCUACUUAAUCACUGUGUAAACAUGACAAGCCUGUUUACAAAAAUGCUGAUGAAACAGUAGUAAGUAAAUGGCACUACACAUGUGGACAUUCUUGCAAAUUAACAUACAGUUUCUCCAUGA